CCCAAUCAACAAAACUCGAAAAACCCUUCUCUUCUACUUCUAAGAUUUAGGGUUUAUUCACAUUUUCUCUGUUCAUCAUCUCUCAUCCCAGAAACUCUCUCUUUCUCACUCUCUCUCCUAUCUCAAUCUAGGGUUUAAGGAUGAGCAGAUCAGGUCAGCCUCCAGAUCUCAAGAAAUACAUGGACAAGAAACUUCAAAUCAAGCUGAAUGCAAAUAGAAUGGUGGUGGGUACACUUCGUGGCUUUGACCAGUUUAUGAAUCUUGUGGUUGACAACACUGUGGAUGUAAAUGGCAAUGAGAGCAAUGAGAUAGGCAUGGUGGUUAUUAGAGGAAAUAGUGUGGUCACUGUUGAGGCGCUUGAACCAGUCGCUCGAUCCAUUUAGCAAGAUGAUAUAGUCUAUGUUUAUGUAGGAAGCGCUGGUAUAUUCAGAACAUGUGAUUAACCUGAUACAUUGGGGUGUGGCUUGAAUCUUAUGGGUGGUGGUAUUGUGGAAGUGAGUAAAGUAAGAGCUUUGUAUCUUAAUCACUCAUUGUGAGCUUCUGAAUUGGAAAAUACUUUCAAAAAUAUUCAGAGCAACUUUGUUUUUUUGUACAUCAGGUAUGCUUUUGGCGUAAACAUUUGAUUUGAGGACUGUAGUGAUCCUCCGGUUA